AUGGUUCUUGGUACGGACUUCUGGCCCCUUAGGGCACCGGAUAGCAAUUUCAUCAUUCCUCCCGAGAUCUUCUUCUACCAGACGAGGCAUUUUAGUAGGAAGCUCAUAUGGCUCUGGAAUUACUCGACAACCGAACUCGGGAUGAACUAUUUCAAUCAGAAGUACACCCUCAUGACCAGUUCUUACCAAAUGGCAGUGCUCCUGCAAUACAAUGCACACGACACGUUAUCGUCGGAGGAGCUGAUUACCGCAACGGCUAUCAGCAAGGAAAUUUUAUUGCAGGUUCUUGCGUCCUUGGUGAAGGCCAAGAUCCUGAUCAACGAGAACAUCUACCAAUAUGAUUUGAACCCGAACUUCAAGUUCAAGAAAAUCCACGUCCCCCUGAACCAACCGCUUAAGGCUGAGGUGAAGGCUGAGAGCUUGGAGGUGCUUAAAGCUGUCGGAGAAGACCGUAAAUAUGUGAUUCAGGAGACCAUCGUUCGAAUAAUGAAGGCGCGCAAGACGAUAAAAAACCGAGCCUUAUUUCAGGAGGUGAUUUCUCAUCUUUCGCAGCGAUUUGCCCCCAACAUUCCUGAUAUCAAGAAGAAUGUCGGCUGA